CAACACGCGCUAGGGUCUCCGGACUUGUGUACGCAACAGACGCAUUCUCAUCCUCACCACCGAGCGAACACUACACCAUGUCGGGCUCUACCCAGAUAUCCUCGCCCGAGCAGCUGCGGACCCUGCUGUCCUCGUCGCGCAUCGUGGUCGUCAACUUCUACAACGAGUGGAACCCCGCCUGCAAGACCAUAUCCCCCGUCUACGACCAGCUGGCCGCUUCGCUGGCCCGCCCGGGCGUCGUUUCUUUCGCCAAGGUCAACGCCGAACAACAGACGCAGAUUGCGCAAAGCUAUGGCGCCACAAAUCCGCCCCUCUUCGUCAUCUUCAAGAACGGCAACCAGGUCUCCAAGUUUACCGGCACGAACCCCCAGCAGCUCUCGGACAACAUCAGGAAGCUUGCCGCCGAAGUCGAGUCGGGCGAGGGCGGAUUCGGGGAAGCAUCGGGUUCCAGCGGUGGUGCUGGAGGAUGGAGGGGCGCUGGCCUGCCCAGGGGGUACACAGAUGUUACGGACCAGGUAGACGUCCGCGGUCUGGACUUGCUGAACUCGGACAGUGAGUUUGGAGGCGUGCGAACGCUCUUCGACACCACGCAGCCGAGCAGCGCGGGCAAGGGCAAGGCAGCAGGCGAGUCCAAGAGAGACUGGGUCGAGAGCGAUGUUGACGAGCAGCUCAUGCUGUACCUGCCCUUCACGUCCACCCUCAAGGUCCACACCAUACAGAUCACCUCGUUCCCGCCUAAAGCCGACGACGACGAUGAUGAUGAAGAUGAAGUUCCACUUCGGCCGAAGACCAUCCACCUCUACACGAACCGCCAGCACAACCUUGGAUUCGAGGAGGCCGAAGACAUCGCGCCCACGCAGACCUUCGAGCUCCAGCCAUCCGAUUGGGACGAGAGCACCGGCACCGCGAAGCUGGAGCUGAGGUUCGUCAAGUUCCAAAACGUCUACUCCCUGGUGCUCUUUGUGGUGGAUGGCGAUGGUGACGGCGAGAAGACGCGCAUAGAUCGCAUUAGAAUCAUUGGAGAAUCCGGGGAGAAGCGUGAAAUGGGCAAGCUGGAGAAGGUCGGUGCUGACGAUUAAUGAUUCGACUUGAAUCAUUUGUUAUUUACGGAGUAUGUGCUCAUAUGACUUGACGGGGCUCAAGAUUUCCCCGUGCCCAGCCGGUAUUCCCAAUAAAAAAGAAAGCAUAGCUAGACAGGAUCUGAGGCGUUACGACGGGCAUAUAACGAGUAGUGUAGGAGCUUUCCACUUGGCGAGGGUCUUGUGUAUGAAUCGAUUGGUUGUGUGUUCGUGCAUCCAGCAUGCUUCACC